AUGGAAGAAAACAUUGAUAUCCAGCAUUUGUCUGAUAUUGGUGUAUUGGUAGAUAACGAUGUUCCUGAGAACAAACAAAUGGUUGCAAUUGGUGACAGGCCUAAUCCUAACAAUAUAGAUAACGAUGUUUCUGAGAACCAACAAAUGGUUGCAAUUGGUGAUAGGCCUAAUCCUAACAAUAUAGAUAACGAUGUUCCUGAGAACCAACAAAUGAUUGCAAUUGGUGAUAGGCCUAAUCCUAACAAUAUAGAUAACGAUGUUCCUGAGAACCAACAAAUGGUUGCAAUUGGUGACAGGCCUAAUCCUAACAAUAUAGAUAACGAUGCUCCUGAGAACCAACAAAUGGUUGAAAUUGGUGAUAGGCCUAAUCCUAACAAUAUAGAUAACGAUGUUCCUGAGAACCAACAAAUGGUUGCAAUUGGUGACAGGCCUAAUCCUAACAUUAUAGAUAACGAUGCUCCUGAGAACCAACAAAUGGUUGCAAUUGGUGACAGGCCUAAUCCUAACAAUAUAGAUAACGAUGUUCCUGAGAACCAACAAAUGGUUGCAAUUGGUGACAGGCCUAAUCCUAACAAUAUAGAUAACGAUGUUCCUGAGAACCAACAAAUGGUUGCAAUUGGUGACAGGCCUAAUCCUAACAUUAUAGAUAACGAUGCUCCUGAGAACCAACAAAUGGUUGCAAUUGGUGACAGGCCUAAUCCUAACAAUAUAGAUAACGAUGUUCCUGAGAACCAACAAAUGGUUGCAAUUGGUGACAGGCCUAAUCCUAACAAUAUAGAUAACGAUGCUCCUGAGAACCAACAAAUGGUUGCAAUUGGUGAUAGGCCUAAUCCUAACAAUAUAGAUAACGAUGUUCCUGAGAACCAACAAAUGGUUGCAAUUGGUGACAGGCCUAAUCCUAACAAUAUAGAUAACGAUGUUCCUGAGAACCAACAAAUGGUUGCAAUUGAUAACGAUGUUCCUGAGAACCAACAAAUGAUUGCAAUUGGUGACAGGCCUAAUCCUAACAUUAUAGAUAACGAUGUUCCUGAGAACCAACAAAUGGUUGCAAUUGGUGAUAGGCCUAAUCCUAACAAUAUAGAUAACGAUGUUCCUGAGAACCAACAAAUGAUUGCAAUUGGUGAUAGGCCUAAUCCUAACAUUAUAGAUAACGAUGUUCCUGAGAACCAACAAAUGGUUGCAAUUGGUGAUAGGCCUAAUCCUAACAAUAUAGAUAACGAUGUUCCUGAGAACCAACAAAUGGUUGCAAUUGGUGAUAGGCCUAAUCCUAACAAUAUAGAUAACGAUGUUCCUGAGAACCAACAAAUGAUUGCAAUUGGUGACAGGCCUAAUCCUAACAAUAUUGAUAACGAUGCUCCUGAGAACCAACAAAUGAUUGCAAUUGGUGACAGGCCUAAUCCUAACAAUAUAAAUAACGAUGUUCCUGAGAACCAACAAAUGAUUGCAAUUGGUGACAGGCCUAAUCCUAACAAUAUAGAUAACGAUGCUCCUGAGAACCAACAAAUGAUUGCAAUUGGUGACAGGCCUAAUCCUAACAAUAUAGAUAACGAUGUUCCUGAGGACCAACAAAUGAUUGCAAUUGGUGAUAGGCCUAAUCCUAACAAUAUAGAUAACGAUGUUCCUGAGAACCAACAAAUGGUUGCAAUUGGUGACAGGCCUAAUCCUAACAAUAUAGAUAACGAUGUUCCUGAGAACCAACAAAUGGUUGCAAUUGGUGAUAGGCCUAAUCCUAACAAUAUAGAUAACGAUGCUCCUGAGAACCAACAAAUGGUUGCAAUUGGUGACAGGCCUAAUCCUAACAUUAUAGAUAACGAUGUUCCUGAGAACCAACAAAUGGUUGCAAUUGGUGACAGGCCUAAUCCUAACAAUAUAGAUAACGAUGCUCCUGAGAACCAACAAAUGAUUGCAAUUGGUGAUAGGCCUAAUCCUAACAAUAUAGAUAACGAUGUUCCUGAGAACCAACAAAUGGUUGCAAUUGGUGACAGGCCUAAUCCUAACAAUAUAGAUAACGAUGCUCCUGAGAACCAACAAAUGAUUGCAAUUGGUGAUAGGCCUAAUCCUAACAAUAUAGAUAACGAUGUUCCUGAGAACCAACAAAUGGUUGCAAUUGGUGACAGGCCUAAUCCUAACAAUAUAGAUAACGAUGCUCCUGAGAACCAACAAAUGAUUGCAAUUGGUGACAGGCCUAAUCCUAACAAUAUAGAUAACGAUGUUCCUGAGGACCAACAAAUGAUUGCAAUUGGUGACAGGCCUAAUCCUAACAAUAUAGAUAACGAUGCUCCUGAGAACCAACAAAUGAUUGCAAUUGGUGAAAGGCCUAAUCCUAACAAUAUAGAUAACGAUGUUCCUGAGGACCAACAAAUGAUUGCAAUUGGUGACAGGCCUAAUCCUAACAAUAUAGAUAACGAUGUUCCUGAGAACCAACAAAUGAUUGCAAUUGGUGACAGGCCUAAUCCUAACAUUAUAGAUAACGAUGCUCCUGAGAACCAACAAAUGGUUGCAAUUGGUGAUAGGCCUAAUCCUAACAAUAUAGAUAACGAUGUUCCUGAGAACCAACAAAUGGUUGCAAUUGGUGACAGGCCUAAUCCUAACAAUAUAGAUAACGAUGCUCCUGAGAACCAACAAAUGAUUGCAAUUGGUGACAGGCCUAAUCCUAACAAUAUAGAUAACGAUGUUCCUGAGGACCAACAAAUGAUUGCAAUUGGUGACAGGCCUAAUCCUAACAAUAUAGAUAACGAUGCUCCUGAGAACCAACAAAUGGUUGCAAUUGGUGAUAGGCCUAAUCCUAACAAUAUAGAUAACGAUGUUCCUGAGGACCAACCUCCAAACAAUAAAAGAAAAAAGGAGAAGGUCCAUGAGUUAGAGGAAAACGAAAAGAAAGAACAAAUAACAGACAUGAAGGCAAAGACUACGUAA